CGCGGGCCCCCUCCAGCGGCUCCGGUGCCCCCCGGCGCCCCCAGACUCCGGCCUCCAGCACCGAGGCAGGAGGCAGGGAGCAGCAGCAGAGGCAGGAGGACGAGGAGGAGGAGGAGGAGGAGCCGUCGCAGGAUGAAGGAUCGGACUCAGGAGCUGCGGAGUGCGAAAGACAGUGAUGAUGAAGAGGAGGUGGUCCAUGUGGAUCGGGACCACUUCAUGGAUGAGUUCUUUGAACAGGUGGAAGAGAUCCGAGGCUGCAUUGAGAAGCUGUCAGAGGAUGUGGAGCAAGUGAAAAAACAGCAUAGUGCCAUCCUGGCCGCCCCCAACCCAGAUGAGAAGACCAAACAGGAGCUGGAGGACCUCACUGCAGACAUCAAGAAGACGGCCAACAAGGUUCGGUCCAAGUUGAAAGCAAUCGAGCAAAGCAUUGAACAAGAGGAGGGGCUGAACCGUUCCUCCGCGGACCUGCGCAUCCGCAAGACCCAGCACUCCACACUCUCCCGGAAGUUCGUGGAAGUAAUGACCGAAUAUAACGCGACCCAGUCCAAGUACCGGGACCGCUGCAAGGACCGGAUCCAGCGGCAGCUGGAGAUCACUGGCAGGACCACGACGAACGAAGAACUGGAAGACAUGCUGGAGAGCGGGAAGUUGGCCAUCUUCACCGAUGAUAUCAAAAUGGACUCCCAGAUGACGAAGCAGGCACUGAAUGAGAUCGAGACGAGGCACAACGAGAUCAUCAAACUGGAAACCAGCAUCCGAGAGCUGCAUGACAUGUUUGUGGACAUGGCCAUGCUCGUGGAAAGCCAGGGUGAGAUGAUCGACCGCAUUGAGUACAACGUGGAACAUUCUGUGGACUAUGUGGAGCGAGCUGUGUCCGACACCAAGAAAGCUGUGAAAUAUCAGAGCAAGGCCCGGAGGAAGAAAAUCAUGAUCAUCAUUUGCUGUGUGGUGCUGGGGGUGGUCUUGGCGUCAUCCAUUGGGGGGACGCUGGGCUUGUAGGCCCCUCACCCCUCUCUCUCCCAGACCCUUCCCCACCACAUUGGGAGCAAUACCCCCACCACCCCUUUCACUCUCCCCUGCUCCAGGCUCACCCCCAAGACAGACCCAGGCAGCCCCCCCUUCCCCCCUUCCUGUCAGACCCUGGAGUCCCUGGACCUCCCCCCACCAUGGACCACCCCCGCCCCCGCACGUAGAUAGCAGCAGGCGUGAUUACACAUGCACACCAACAUGCAUGCCGCCGCCGGCACAUGCUCAAGACGUGUGGACACCCCAGCGUGUGUGUAUGUGUGUAGAUGUGUGUAGAAGCACCAAAUCACCCUCUGGCCCCCACCUCAAGUCUGUGUCAUCUGAGCUUCCCCCUUCACUGGGGUUGUUGUGUAUAGAUUGUGGCCAGGUGUAACACAGCAGCCCACCGAGCCCUCCUCUGUCUUCUGUGAAUAGAUGUGUGUGUGUGUGUGUGUGCGCGCGUGCGCACGCAUGUGCAUGUGUGUGUGGCCACGGAUCCACAGACACAAUUUGUGUGCGUGGAAUUUUGUGUUUGAGUGUUUGAAUCCAAUACAACAGCACUUCCUCCGCUGAUCCCCGCCGUCCCCACAUCUGCUAUAGAUAAGGCGGGUUGGGAGUGUGCAGAUGCUUACACUCGUUUUCAGAGGAUCCAGGUAGGCCCAGAUACACAUAGGCCACGGCAGACACCCCAGUGUGAUGUUGAGCAAAGCUUUCUGGCUUCGCCACCCCAGGGAGUGUGUGUGUGUAUGUGCAUGUUGUGCAUUGUGAGCCUGUGGAGUCUAACCAAGGUGAGUGGAAGCAGGUAAGUGGAAGCACACACGUAUAAACAGCCUAGCUCAGCCUGUAUAUACAUGUGCAUUUCUCCCAGCAGGUAAUGUGAAGAAUGUGUGUGUGUGUGUGUGUGUGUGUGUGUGUGUGUCUCAAAGAUGUGCUUGAAAUGUUGAUAGGUUUCCUCAGAACCUUCCAUGUUGUGCACUGGACAAAAAUUUAUAUUUCUGUGCUAUGUAGAUAUGUCUGUGUGAGUGUGUGUGUAUGUAUAGAAGCUUUCUAUGUAGUGUAUUUUUGCCCGCCUGUGUAUUAUAUGCACACACGUGUUCUUCUUUAAAGACACGUGCGCCAUCCAGGUUUGUUUAUCCAGACGUAUUUGCCCUCUCCCUCUCUCCCUACAGCUGCCGACCAACAUCUGGUGUGGCUACACACUGUUUCACCAACAUUGUGCAACUGGAGUUUCCUGCCCUGCCAGGUCUCAGAGCCCCUGUGCACACAGGCCCACAUGCCAGUCUUUCUCUGUGUCUCUGCAGAGGGUAGACCUUCAUUUGUGAAAGCUGGUAUACCUCAGUGUGCUCACACAGGCCCAGGCUGAGGAGGCCUCAUGCAGCAGGCCCACCCAGGCACAUGCAUGUCCGCUGGAGCACAGGUGCAUGCUGACACGGGCGUGGUGCCCACAGAGGCUGCACUCAUUUGCACGUAGAUGCCCCCGGAAGGUCAAUUUGUGGGAAAUGUUAUUGAUGAAGUGAAUGUCGAGGGCUGCCCCAGACAGAUUGAGAAUUAGGGCGUUCUUGCCUUCCACACAUUUACCUCAGAGCUGGGAGAGGCUAGCGUUUGUCUUCACCACCCCCAUUUGAUGCUCUGGGCUCUGCCUCAGGGACUGGAAUGGUAAUUUCAGGCAAACUGAAAUGGCCAAUGUGGCGGGGCUGGGGAGCUGAGUCCUGUGCCCUCUCCCCGGGGCACAUUGCCUGCUAGAUGUUGGGAUAGGUGUCCCCACCUUUGCCCACCCCCGAGGGUUGAGACUGAGACAAGGAAAAGGCCAGCGCCUCGCUCACCAUGUAGACAAUAUACACACAAUGCACAGGUGGGUUUGCGAGGUUGGUGGCAGGCAGAAGUCCCUGAGCAAAGGACCUAUGUGUACAGGACUGAACACCCAGGGUGGGACAUACGUGUGUGCAAAGUGAAGGACUUGGGUAUGUGUGUGCAGGAGGUUUUCCAGGGUCCCACCUCAUGUGAAGUAAGUGCAUGUGUGCAUGUGUGCGUGUGUGUGUGUGAGAGAGAGAGAGAGAGAGAGAGAGAGCGAGAGAGAGACGGAGACAGGGAGACAAUGCAGAUGUGGCCUUCCAGAACACAGUACCCCUCCCUCUCCCAUCCAGCUCGUGUAGCUGACCUCUUCCCUACUUGAGCUGUUGAAGUCCUGCCUGUGUGAGGCCUGUAUAUGGGACAACCCCCCCAGGUGGGCUUUCUUGCAGAGAGGAACCUCCCUGUCCCUUUCAGGAAUGUCCUGCAGAACAGGAAGUUGCCCCCGGUCUCUGAUCACAACCCUCCUGCUGCCCUCUCAGGCUUCUUUGGGGACAUCAGAACGGGCCCCAGCACCCCCACCCCUUUUCCUUCCUGCUGCCGAGCCAGGACACCCUCGCAGCCCAGGUGUUUCCGGAAUUCCCACAGCCCAAGGCUAGAGCCAUGGCCGGAGUGAUGCCGUUGCCUCCUCUGGUGGCCUUAGACCCAUAGCUGCCCCUCUCCGGGUCUCAGCUGCACCAGAUCCCUGAGGGUCUGCUGUACCCCAGCUCUUUUGAGUCCCACGUGUCCCGUGAUGUGUUUGCUCAUGGGCCGCCGUGUCCACCCAUGUCCUGGAACGUUGUCUGGGGGCCGGUGUCUUUUGCAUGUUCUUGGACGAGUGUGUGCUGCUCCCCCUCCACACACCUACCACCACUAAGCCCACUAAGCCCGAGUGUGCCCUGUGGGUGGUCCUGGGCCUGGCCAGGGCUCGCUGCUCCCCCUCCCUACCCUCCCCAGCCCUGCCUCUCACGAAGCACACUGCGUGUCUAUCCCAUGUGCCUGUGGGUCGAUGCACGCUCUUGCCACGCCUUGAGCGUGUGUACAUGAUGUGUUCUAUGCAUUCACCCUGUCCCCCCAGCCCGCCCCGCAGAGGACAAGAUGGGUGGCCCCCGGCUCCCUUCUCCCCCUGCCCCUGCCCGCUGUGCAGCCGUGUGCGUUGGCGUGUGUUUCCGUGUCGCUGGCGUGUCACGUGAUGUAGCCGUGUUUGCUGACAUGAGCCCUUGCCCCUUCUGUUUCUCCGUUGGUUUCUAGAGCUCUUUCCUUUUCCUCCCCGAGGGGACAGGACUCCUGGGGCCUGGCUGGGGGCCCAGAGCCAGGCCUCCCUCUCCUGUUAGCCCUCAGAGUCCCAUUUCUCUCUAUUGGUGACCAAGUUGCAAAUGGAUAAAACACAGGAAAAUUCUGCCCCCCCCCCACCCCACCCUGCAUGUCCUGUCCCCAGAGCCCCCCACCCCCACCCCGGGCCGGGUCGGGCCCCGUGGGACGGGAGAAAUAGCAACCAAUCCAACA